AUGCAAAUUUGUUGUCCAGUUGCUAACUUGAUACUAGGAUCGCAUUUACUUACUGUGGACCAUGAUCUCCAUCGCCGUAGGCGAAAGCCACUCGAGCCAUUCUUCUCUCGCCAGGGAAUUAUGCGGCUUCAAGACAUGCUGGCAGAAGUUGCCCUCAAGCUUGAAUCACGAAUCAGAGCCCUUGAAGGUACAAACACGGUGAUUCGACUGGACCAUGCAUUCUCCGCAUUCUCCGGCGAUAUCAUUGGGAAAAUCUGCCUGGACAGCGGGGAUGACAGCAAGACGUUUUUGAGUCACCCAACGUUCAACCCUGAGUGGUACGACACCAUCCACACGAUUGUUCGAUCAAUUCCCUUGUUUACAGCCUUUCCAUGGAUUGUCCAGGGCCAAAUGUUCAAUAACUUCAAAGAGGUCGCUAAACAGCACAUCUAUCGAGCCUUGAAAGAUACAGAGGAAAGUAAAAGGACUGGCAAAGAGGAUACCAAUCAUGCCUCUCUUUUCCACUAUAUCGCAACGAGCGAUAUGCCCGAAUCAGAACGGUCCCCGGAACGACUAGCCAAGGAGGCCCAGGUCCUGCUUGGUGGUGGAACCGCCAGUACUGCACGUACUAUUGGCUUUACAUCAUUCUACAUCAUGUCUAACCCGAAUAUCCGGUCGAGGCUGGAAGAUGAACUCAGGGAUGUGAUGGCAGACUGGCCGCAGCGCGUCCCUUCUUGGGCUGAGCUCGAAAAAUUGCCCUUCCUGCAGGCACUCAUCAAGGAAUCCCUUCGCCUCAGCUAUGGUGUUAUGCACAGACUUCCCCGUAUCUCGCCCGACGUGCCUAUCCAGUACAAGCAAUACACUAUCCCACCUGGUUUAUCAGGUGGUAAUGGCUACUCAUUCGCUCAGGUCCCCGUCGGCAUGUCAGCUUAUUUCAUGCACUCUGACCCCAAAGCAUUCCCCGAGCCAGACAAGUACAUUCCAGACCGAUGGCUCGGAAAGGUGACUCCUGAAAUGCACAGGAGCUAUGUCCCAUUCACACGAGGGUCCAGAAACUGCCUGGGAAUGAAUCUUGCCAUGUCCGAGAUGAGCCUUAUCCUGGCCGUCCUUUUCCGACCCAACGGCCCCAAGUUUGAGCUAUUUGAGACGGACGAGAGCGACGUAAAGCAAGCCCACGACUUCCUUAUCCCCCUGCCAAAGAUUGAAACGAAGGGAGUCCGAGCUAUCAUUCCCUAG